UUCAACUUGAAAGAAUGAAUGAAUGGUUGUUUGUUUGUUUCCAUAGAAACUGAAAAGACCACACACCCAGAAAAGAAAAGGAUCAUCAUAGUCAACAUCAAACAUCACAUGCUAACACCUCACACCACCACCACUCUCAUGCACAAAACCACCCACCACCCAUGUGGUGCCACACAUCCACCACCACCGCCACCACUUCAAACACCGUCAAACCCCAAAAACACCGCCGCGUUCUGCCCCGCUCUUCAACCCUACCACCGCCGAAACCGCCUCACCGACGUUGCAUCCCCACCGUUCACAGUAACCUCACUCGCCGCCGCCGCCUCUUCCUGGCUCCGAAACCGGCGGAUCCGCUGUCUCUUCCUCCUCCUCUGCUCCCCGCUCCUCCUCGUCCUCCUCUUCGCCUCCCUCCCGUUCUUCUGCGCCGCUGAGCUCUGGUCCCGCCGCCGGAAGUUUCUCCGAGAUAACGGCGGCGAUCGGCUCCGGCGGUGCGAGGAAGGGUGCUGCGGCGGUGAAGAAGAUAACGAGGAGGAGGAGAAGGGGCUGUUGCAUCGGUACCUGGAGGAUCAGCUUCUUCUGGUUAGAUCGAUGUACGAGUGCGGCGACGACGAUGAAGAGCACGAAGAACACGAGGAAGAUUCUAGAAGGGUUGAAGAUGAGGCUGAAAUUGUGGCUUGUAGUAGUAAAAUUCCUCUGUUGAGAUGAUUAUAUCUCAAAACCAACACAUCAAUUUCUCAAAUUUUUGUAUAUAGAUACCUAAUUUUCAAUUUUUCAUGCUUCAUGUAAUUUUUUUUUUUUGCUUUUUUAGAAAAAAAAAGUUGUAUUGUGGCUCUGGGUGAUAGCUGCAGCAAAGUUGCUACCCAGUUCAUAACCAAUUCAUUUUCUGUGUUUUGAAUA